AUGACUGGAAGGACUAUGACCAGGAUCCGUCAUACCUCCGCACGCCUCACAUACGCAUUCACCAAGACAGGAACAAGAUGCAAUCACGCCUACUACAUUGUUGAGUACUGUCCCAAUGACAUGGCAAACGCUGCACAGACAAGUUCGCGUACGAACGGAUUGCUCUUCCCGCGGAGGAUCUCUUAUCCGGAAGUGGAUGCCUGGAUGAAUCGUCUCCGUCUCCAUCAGGAAUUGGAACCUCUUGAAUACUACCUGAACAAACUGCUUGAGAUGGGGAAAGGAGUCGUCCCGUUGUCACGAUUUGUUGGGGCGUUUUCGAGAACACUUGGUUGGGGGAAAAGUUUGAGGAUUCGCUUUGAUUCAAGAGAUCAAACUAUCUUGCACAAUGCGUCCGAAGUUUCAUGA